UCUCUUCUUACUUCAGAGCCGUGAAAAGAAAGUGCGAAGAUGUCAAGCGAGCUGUCAAACCUUCCACGCGAUGUCAUCUUCGACAUCCUCUCAAGGCUACCCACCAAAUCUUUGCUUCAGUUCAGGUGCGUCUCCAAAUCAUAUCCUCCAAUUAUCUCUCAUCCCCACUUCAUCAAUUUCCACCUCUCCAAUGGUGGCGGUGGUGACCACCAUGUCCUCCUCCACUAUGAAUCCACCGACUACACCACAGAGUACUAUUCAAUUCGUUGCACUUCCACUUUCUAUGAGACUAUAAAACUUGAAAUUCCUUUCAAAAGCGUUAAUGGGUACUUUAGAAUUGUGGGUUCAAGCAAAGGGAUAAUAUGCUUAUUCGAUACCAAUUACUUCACCUACAUUGGUACGCUAAUUUUUUGGAACCCUAGUAUUAGAAAAUUCAAGAUUGUUAAAGAUUCCCAUUUGAGCCAUCGAUUUAGAGAUAAGUUUUCACAUAUGGUUGUUGGAUUUGGGUUAGUUUCCAAGAUUAAUGACUUCAAGGUGGUGCAGAUUUUGUAUGAUUUGGAUAAUCAGGCUGAGCCUGAUGUCUUGGUUUAUGGGUUUGAUGAUGAUUGUUGGAGGAAAAUUGAGGCUGUUGCGCCAUGUUUUGUAAAUAAAGGUUGGUCUAACAAUGUGUUUGUGAAUGGGUGUGUUCAUUGGAUGGCUUAUGAAAGGUCUAAAAAGUUAGAUGGUAGGUACAAUUCUAUCAUGGCUUUUGAUGUGGGUGAUGAGGUUUUUCGGGUGAUGGAAUUGCCUAGGAAUCGUGAAAUUAAUUAUGAUCAAAUGUUCUUGUUUCCUUCGGCUUCUGAGGAAUCAUUGUCUCUGUUCAUUCUAUUUCGAGAUGGGGCUAGUGAUCGAUGGGAAAUGUGGAUUAUGAGACAAUAUGGUAUGGCAGAGUCUUGGAUGAGACAAUUCACUAUUGUGCAAUUGCAAAUUUCAUUGCCAUUGAUGAUUAGGAAUAAUGGUGAAGUUUUGCUGGUGAUGAACAAUGGGAAUUUGGUUUCAUAUGACCCUGAGAACCAACAGGUAAAGGAUCUUGGAAUAUGUGGUUUGCCAAGUUCAUUCCGUAUAGUGAGUUACAUGCCGAGCCUAGCGUUGCUUGAUGGUGGAGAAAGAGCUGUCUAGGAGAGCCUGUUAGAUUAAGAAAUUUGCAAGGUGUUGUGUAUGUUAUCCUGACCAGAGACGUUGGUGCUGUGAAGGGUUGAAUUGGAAGAAUAAAAUUUGAAGCAUUGAAAGAGGAGGCCAGGCCAGGUAUCCACUCUGUUUGAUAAUAUCUUGGAAUGUAUUUUCUCAAUUUUCCUACUAUAUCUUGUAACUAUUGCAUAUUUUUAGGAAAAGAUAGAGCAAUGUAAAUGUUAAUGGCUCGAUAGUUCAAGGAUAACCUCCUGCAAAAAAGUUAAAGAUCUCUUGUCUUUGGUUUAUAUAUAUAGUUGGACCAACUGUACUAAUUUUGUAUAAAUCUAAGCACAGUUGUCAAUUCCUUAUGCUUUAUCUGUGUUGCAUGUCCUGUAUAAUUGACACAAUAGCUAAAGCAUUAAGUACAACUUUAGUUCUUGCAUCUCUGGAAUCAUUUAUUGUUAGUAGUUUGUGAUUAUCUUGCCUUAAGUUACAUUUUCUUUUUCUUCGGUAUAUCAUGAUAAUUGGUUACUGCCUAAAAGGCCAUAGUUUGAUGGGUGUUUUUUGAUAAAUUUGACUGCUUCAAUCUCACCAGUUCUUAGUCCCCUUCCAGUCACUGGGGCGGCUUAGACUGGUAGUGAAUUUGGCUGUUCGAUUUGGUGCCAUGGUGGUUUUGGGGGGUUGAUGUAAAUCGUAUUAAGGAAAAAUUAGGGAUAAGAAGGGAAG